AUGUCUUUCGAUAUUCAUAUUGCAUUUGCUGAUUUUGCAAGUAAAGGCGAAAUAGACUCACUUAUUUCACUGGUACUUUCUAAUCAAGAAAAUUUAUCUAAAUGCGCUGCUUACGCCCUUCUGCUAUGCUUUUUACCUGAAGGUUUGCACACUAAAAACAAUUUUAAGCUCAUUAAGGCAAUUACUAAUUUGCCCAAUAUUUUGGUGAAUGUGACAACUUCUACUUUUAUUGAGGAUAUAUCUUUAUAUGUUUAUUCUAGAAUUGAAUCUAUUGGAUGGGAAUAUCCAAUAUUUCCUUUAAACUUUGUUGAUGAUGCGAAAGUUUUGCUGUAUACUUUUAUAAAAUGUUAUAUCCGCAAUAAUGACGCUGCUAAACGCCAGCUUGAUUUCAAUUUAGAUUUUCUUCUUGUAGAAGAAAAUGAUUUUGAAGAAUUGUUUCAAUGGAAAUCCAGCUCUGUUGAUGUAUUGAGUAAUUUUAGAAAGUAUUAUUCCUCUCAUAAUCAGCCUUGGAUAUCGUUAUAUGAGUUUGAAUGUGCUCAUCCGGAAAAAGUAGUUCCUUUUCUUCUUCAAUACUCUAAUGAUGAUAAUAUAUUUCGAGAUAUAAAUGAUCUUGUAAUACCGUACAUUUCAUUUUAUGAUGCUCAAUAUGCUUUAUGGAAAUGGAUUGGCUCUGAUACAGAUUCUGUUAACCAUCUAGAGCUUCUAGAAUCAUUAAUUCGUCAUGGAGUUUCAGUUAUUGGUUCUGAAAAAGAACAAAGAGUAUUAAUUGAGGAAUGCCUUUUUCCAAAGUACAAAAAAGAAAAUUUUGAUUGGAAGGGCUUUGAUGAAAAAAACUGGAGUGAAAUAUAUGAAUCAUUGAAGUGGCUUCAAAGUGAUAUCUUUUCCAAAAUAUCAGACUCUUGGAUUGAUAAAAUUUUACUAACUGGUGCACUUUCUUCGGGGAAUUUUACUUUUGUCCAGAAACAAUUUUUUUCUAGGUCUUGUUCUUUACCAUUGACAGAAAUAAAGACAUCGAUUAUUUCUACAUUUUAUUUAUUUUUUGAUUCUGCAACAAAUGGAAAUAAAACCCGUGGGUCAAUGAAAAAUGCUGUUCAGUGCAUAAAACUUCUUCAAAAUUUUAAAGAUAAUGAGGAUGAAAUAUAUCGUGCUGAAGCAUUAUUAUCGGCCACUGACGAAUUGUCAAAAUACACAUUAUAUCUUUCUUCUCAAAAUAGUAAUACACAAAACAUGCCUAUGCUUCCAAAACAGAUACGAAAUUACCCUAACAAAUUUGAGCUAAUAUAUCGCGUUCUGGAACUCAAUUCUAAGGCAUAUCUGGAUUAUGAUAAACUUGUAUCUAUUUUGAAAAAUUUGAUUUAUAGCAGCACAGAAAAAAAUGAUGUUGGAACUAGCCAUAACUUUAAUUCAUCAAAAUUUGAUAGUUUAGAUUUGCUGAAUGAAAGUAUUUCUUUUCAAGUCAGAAAAAUGUGUAUUGAAGCAGCUUUAGUGGAUUCAAAUUUUGAAAAAGCCUAUGAAUUUGCAAUCCCUCAUCUUGUUUCUACUUCAACUACUUCUAACCAAAAAGAAAAUGCUUCAACAGUAGAUGAUUUUGGUUUAAAAAUUGUAUCCAAGGAAACAGAAUCAUGGGCGUCUCUUUUUCAAAUUGGUAAAUAUAUUUCCCCUUUUUGGGAAUCUGACAUACCAAUCGAUAUAAUUGAUAAAAAGAUGAAUGCACUAGCCUAUUCUCUUAAAAUCUGCCCCCAAGAACAGAUUCCAGUUAUACUUCAUACAUGGCAAAGAUGUGAUACUUUGAGGAAUGCUACAUUGAAAAAAUUUCAUAGCCAGAAAAUUGGGAGUGCCUUUAAUCAAACAGUAACUGCGGCAAUGUCUUCUGCACCAUCACUUAUACCCACUAAUUUUAAAAAGGUACUGUCUUCCACUGCAUCCUCUCUUUCCGUAUCAUCUUCACCAGGUUCUUUUGGGUUUCUAGAAAGGGACAAUGAAAAUUUUACUCAUUUUAAUACACGUAAACGUGAUCAACUAUCGAACCUGUUUGUCAGUGGCUUAGGCUGGGCUAUAGGUGCGAAUCAGCGGAAGUAA